AUGGCACGGUUAAACAACAGCGUUCCGGCGUCUACUCCCGACGUCGACUCAAUCUAUCGCGACCGCACGCCGGACGCCGACGUGUCGACGCGUCACCGAGGUGCCCGCUCUCACACUGCCUACUCCACCAUAGCCUCACCUCCCGACGCAUCCAGCGACAAGGAGAAUUACCCCACUGGCCAACCGACCCGCAUGGAUAAGGGCAAGGCGCCAAUGCGCCCACCGUCCAUUCCCACCCCCACGUCGGACACGGAGACAUCACGCUCCAGCAAGCGGAGGAGGCUGCAAGACCGCGACGUGUCAGUCGCGACGACAGCCAACGGCGAGCCCAUUGUUGAUCUCCAGUACUAUGACCCCGACCAGAAUGCCGACGAGCGGCGCGAGCUGCGUCGAGACCUCCGCGCUCACCUACGCGACUUUACCGAUGACCGUGAUGCGCUCAUGGCUGGCAACAAUGACAGACUUGUCGGGUACAUUCAGAGAUCCAAUGCAUUGAUGAACAGAGUGAAGCAGACUGCCGACGCCACCCUCGACGCCCGCUUCCUGGUGGCGGCCAGUGACCUGACUCUGAGGAAAACCACAGCCAUGGUCAUGGGAGCCAAUUCCACUGGCGUUGACGUAGACGAGUUCGUGUCCAAAUGCAUUCUCUUCAUGCAGAACAACGGCUAUGUGGGAGAAGACGACCAGGUGAACACGCAAGCUGCUUCCACCCAAGCACGUGUGCGGAAACGAGCGAGGCGUGCCGACGUCGACAGCGAUGACGAGCAGGAGGAGACUGGCGACGCUCUUGCCUGGGACGUUUUGGGUGAACGCGCAUGCUUCCAGAACAACAGGCGUCCUCCAGUCCCGGGCUUUCUCCUGGGCCCGCUCUCUGUGCAGAAGCGCGUGAGGGCCACGCAAACGCAAAGGCGCGCUCGUCUUCGGCGAGACCCACAGCUCGAGAGACGGCCCGAGUCGCUUGUGGCAGAGGACAUUCAACGUCCAGAGAAUUCCAACCUGGUCACCCUGGUCAAGAAGAUCCGCGGAGAGCUCAUGUCUGUGCUUGACCGCCGACAGGAUGCAGUCAACGACGAACUGAGCGACUAUCCCGGUGAUCCGCCCGAGGAUGUCAUUGAAGACGUCAUGCAGAAACAUGGAAUCACGCAGACCGAGGACGAGGAUCCAGCCAUGUCACUUUUCGAAUUCACCAUCAAUCCGCAAUCGUUCGGCCAGACUGUGGAGAACCUCUUUUACACCAGCUUUCUCAUCCGUGAAGGUAGCGUGAGGGUGGGAAAGGACAAGCAUGGCUUGCCCGUCAUCUGCCCUUCUGAAUCACGUGGGCUCAACGAACAAGGUGCCAAGAACGUCUCGAGACAUCAAGCCGUGUUCAGCAUUGAUUACCAGACGUGGCAGAAGUUCAUCGAGGCUUUCAACAUCCAGGAGCCUGUCAUUGCCCACCGUCAAGACGAACAGCCCACCCAGUCCGUUCGCGGAUGGUACGGCUGA